UGUACUACGAUCGCACGUAGUUACGCUACUGGGACACAGCGCGCAAGAGCGAUGACGCGGGGCGACGAGCGUUGCGUCGCGACGCGUCGAGUUGCGUUGCAUUGCGUCGGAUCGGGUCGUCGGCACGCGCCCGCUCGAGCCGCGCAGUCGUGCGCGCGUAUCGCUCGGGACUAGGCACGUCUUUAAGUAUCGGGCUCCGAUCAUACGGAGUCGUCGAGUCGCGCGACCAGCGAGACCCGCACGCGAAAAGCACGCCACGACGACGUACGUACGGCGCGAGAGAGCCGUUUUGCGCUAAUCACGCGAAAACUCGCGGCAAUCUGCGCGACGACCUUGACGGACGUGCGCGCCGGGAAAUACGCGGGCGAUUAGAACAAGUACGAGAUUAGAGCGGACGCGGAAAUCCCAGACAAGUAGCGCUUUCCUCGGUCGAAGUUGACGGGAGCGAAGAAAAAAAAAAGAAACCGCUGUUACUGCUGCUGCUGCUGCUGCUGCUGCUGCUAUUGGCGAUGCGGUGCCGGUCCGACAAAAGUCGCAGUCACAGAUAAGGAUCCCGCGAGCAUUCGCUCGAUAUUGGAGCCGCGCGACCAAGCGCCGAAGGUCGUCGGCGACGUACAGCGACACGCAUGAUCUGACUGACACCGAAUCGAGGCACGCGGGUGUGUUUCGGCAGCGUUGCGUGCGUGCGUGCGUGCGUGCACGCGUGUGUGCGGGAGACUGGAUCGUUCGCAGAAUCGCAAACGAGUCUCUCUUUCUCUCUCUUUCCCUCGCCGAAAUCUUGGUGGAGACUAGUCGCUUAUUAUUAUCGCUCCACGACGAUCCACUCUCGAUCGCUAGCGACGAAAGAAAACUGAAUUAAAGCACCAUGCGCGCUUAUAUUUCCAGACCGGAUCGCUGAAGCUAUAUAUCUUCACAAGGUUCUCGAGAUUAUUGGCGAGAUGCCUGCCUGAGAACAAGGCACCCGCCUUAGUUUUCCUUCGAUAUUAGAGCCUAUUGGACCCAACUUUACGCGGAAGUGACAACAUACUGAUCGCAAGAGAGCAGUAAAAAUCGAAAAUCUAAGACGGAGAACGGCACUCGCGAGGGACGUGCGGUGAAGAAACGGAGGAGAGAUAUGGAAACGAUGUGAAGCGUCGAGUAUCGCGUGCCGAUAAGAUCGUCGCGAUCGGUUCGAGAAACGGCCGUGCGGCACCGGGCGGACAAUCGCACUUUCGGGACACCUUUGCGAGUGAAGGCUAUGUAAAAUGCAAUUUUUCUAACGCGGCUCGCACAAUGAAUUCGAGAGCGAGUGUUGGAACAAUUUCGUGAAAGCGGUUUGUCGCGAUUGCGAGACCAACGAUUCAGCAUUAUUCGAAGAAAAGAUUCACGUGAAAAGAAGUUACUCAGAUCAGGAGGACAUUAACUGACGCAUGAACCUGCGUUUUACUAAUUUUUUGUGGACAGUUAUUUACAUUACGUAAGAUUAGAGGAGAGGCAACACCAUGGCCAAUUCCGGCCAAAUUACGCCGAUUCGAAUCGAGAAGUGGACGCUGCAACUCGUCUCGAUUCCAGAUCGUUUGUCCGUGAGCUCCUUAGAGGAGGAUUACGGAUCAACUGAAUCCGAAGAUAUGUCUAGUAGCCCGGACACAUCCUGUCGCUCGAGCGCCGAUGCAGACAGAAACUUCGAUCUCGACAAGGACUUCCGCGAGAAAUUGAUCAAAUACGAAGACAUAAUCGAAAAGAUCGAAAAUCUACGGCUCUCACGCAACAACGACGAAGACAAUGAAGAUGCCAAUGAGAACGUCGAUAGGACACGCCUUACCAGUAGCGAAAAUGUGGACAACAUUGAGUAUCGGGACAGCUGCAAUUUGCAAUCGAGCCGUCAUGCUGAUAACGAGGACAUAAACAACAACGAGGAUAACGUCGAUGACAACAAAAGCUGCCUGCCGCUUAACAUACGCGAUGAUUCUCGUGACAAGAAGCGAUGUCAAUCUUCGUAUGAGAACUCCCUGGAUGACGAUUCGGAAGUCGAACAGAUAGAACAGCACGAACAUGAGGACUCCGAUGAUUCCGACCUAAUCCAACGUGGGCCAAUCAAGCCUGACUUCCAACCCUUUCGGGGACACCCUUAUCCCAUGAUGAGUCUGCUGGAUUACGAUAAGACCGCCCAGCAGAUCCUGAGGAACAAGGAUUACAGCGAGAAGCUGAAUCCUUGCUUAGACCAGCUGUCGGAUUCAACCCAGGCAUCGAUCGGAGGGAUAGGUUUGGCAAUGGAUCCUAACUGGACCGGAGAGAAUGACAACCAUAUCUUCCGUAGUGGAGACCUUAGUAAUGAAACCGCGCUUCCCUCCAUAAUCGUCGACGAUCCGGGAGAAGAGUCCUUGAUGGACAUCCUGUCGCGUGGCGGCUUUCAACCCGCGGUACGCUCAGACGCCGGCAGUCACUCGAUUCCCUCGCCAAGCGCGAAAACCUGGUCCGAUUCCCCAGCGAGCAGCUACAACUACGUCGUCUCGAGGUCGAACAGUCGGGCGUCGAGUCGCGCCCAGUCACCAGGCUCCGCUGCUAACUUGGAGUCGCCGCAGAUGCACGUCAACGUCAUCGGCAGCCCGCUCGGUUCGCCGCAGGUUGCAUCGACAUAUCGGGUGCCGCAAGCGUUGUCUUCCUCGUCCUCGUCCAACCAUUCCUACAGCGACGUGUCCAGCCCGUUGAAUUACCAGACGCCCCUAGAUUAUCAGAUCGAGGAACAGCUUGGUGAAACCCUGUCUGGCUGGAAGAAUGUCUACGACUCUUCGGGAACGAUUGUCAACAGCAGCGACACUAUUGACUGCACGUUACUUCAGCUAGUAGAACAAAUCAUAGAGGAGGAUAAGCAAGGCAAGACGUUGAAGGAGCUGCAGGUUGCCUCGGACGCAUCUUGCUUCUCUUCGACCUACAAUAACGAGUGGGUGUCUAUGCGAACGUUAGGGAACGAUCUGAAUCCCGCGUCUCGCGAGUGCCCCGCGACCAACAUGCGAAACGAGAAGCUGGAAGAUUGUUUGGGAAUACCCAACGUGAACCCUAUCCAGAUCGCGGGCUUGCCCAUCGAUGGCGAUUUCGUGUCAGUUUACGCGAGCAAGGGAAGCACCGGUGGAUGCGCGUUCGUGAAUCGUGCAGCAAAUGCCCACGCGACAGACAUGGAGCCAAGAUAUUACGAGCCGAAUGCGAAGAACGAGAUCAAUACGUCAAUUGUGCCACAGCACAAUGCAAGCACCCUGCACCCUGAGAUUGAGUUGACCAACAAGACUUCCACAAAGACAUCCGAACAAAACUUGGGCGUGUCUCAGGAGAAGUACACGAUGUUGCAUACUGUCAAUGAAGAAAAAAGGUACGAUCAGCCACCGUCGAUGUUUGUACCCAGUGACUAUCAAAUUCCAACAAUGGUAUCUUCAUUCAUAUCCAGCGGUUCUCAGAGGAACUCGAAACGAGGAAUAGUACCGUGGCCUUCACUAAACUUGCCGUCUGUGAAAGCAAGCGAGAGGCUGAAGGAAGGAUUGAAUCCUAAGGAAGUGGAAAGAGCCAUGAGUAAUCUGCUGAAGAAAUCCAUAGAGGAACUAGCGGCCGCGGACGAAGAUGGUGACACAGAGCUCAUGUGCCUGGUGGGAAAUCCAGAGGAAUUAGCAAAGAAGAAGGCUUACUUGGCGCCGUUGGUCGAGAGAUUGGGCAAUCUGCCGGGCGCUCUAUCAAUGGUCAACAAUCGCAACGAGGACGCUUUGUACUUGGCCGCCAUAAAUUGCCCGGAAAUGCCGUAUGUCACCGGAUAUCUCGCCGCCGCAAUGCUGCAGAAAGGGAUCGACAUCAACCAAAGAUUAUAUCACAUGCGCGGUGACACGCUGAUACACUCGGUCGCGGCGCGGGGCGAUUCGCACGGGGAGAUUUUGGCGGAGCUUCUGGCGUUGAAGACGGUGCAAGGGAAUCCCGUGUUCGACCUAUCGAGGUGUAAUUACGACGGGAGAACCGCUCUUCAUAUCGCGGUAGAAUCGCACGAUCCUACCGGGCGGGGCAUCAAGUCCUUGGCCACGGCGCGUCUUCUCUUGGAGAACGGCGCGAGCACCAAGGUCAAAGAGAGCAAGUGCGGCGACACCGCUUUACAUAUGGCAGCCUCAUUGAAUUGCGAUCCUGCGCUCGUGAAGGUACUGCUGUGCAAGGGCACUUCGAAUGUCGUAAACGAGACCAACUACAUGUACAACACGCCACUGCACAUGGCCGCGGCAGUCUCGAAUACCGUGAGCCUGGAGAAGCAAAAGGAGGUCUGCCGGCUUCUGAUACAAGCCGGAGGUCAGACGAACAUACAAAAUCGACAGGGAAAGACGCCGCUGGCGCUCGUCUCACCGGAAAGAAAAGAGGCCAUCAAGAGGAUAUUCUACAAGAAAGCGUGAUAAAAGAUACGAAAAUGAGCUCGAUGAUGAGCUUCACUUAAGACUGAUCUCUGCGGAAGUAUUUAGGAGCGCGCACUUGGAGCUCCUUGACGCUUCCCGCUCCAUUUCGCGACGCAAGCAAACUUAAGACUGUGACUCAAGCCGAAAAGGCGUUGUUGUACCAACGAUAUGUACAACAUUAUUAAUCACGUAAAAUUAUCGAAGAAUAUAUUGUGGUUCCGAGUUGCGGAUCGACAAGGAAAAGCUAUCCAUUACGCUAGAACGUCUUCGUAUUUGCAGUGUCCAUUUAACAACAGACUUAGAUACGUUUUUUUUUUCUUUUUAAGACUAACUAUAUAAUGUUUUUUAAACGGAAGAAGUGAGAAAUAUACAUGUUACAUAUAUAUAUAUAUAUAUAUAUAUAUAUAUAUAUAUAUAUAUAUAUAUAUAUAUAUAUAUACAUGUAUAUUAUAUUUAAAAUUAUUUGAUGUUUCUUUAUCUUUAUUUUAUAAAAUGACAUUUACUAUUCUAGUUGCAAUCUAGUGAUAUGUGUAAUAUAAUUUUAAUAUAAAAAGAGAUUAAAAUCAAGUUGGUGCGUCCAAUGCUAAACAUGAGAAUGUGCCUCGAAGACACCUUUGUGUCAUAUAUCUUUAUGUCUUUGACUUAACUUUUGUGCAGUUAGCAUAGCAAAUGCUAUUACCACCUGAAAUUAUAUAAUUACGUAACCAUUGCACUCCAAUGAUGUUUAAAUGACCAACAAAGAUGGAUAUUUCUAAUACCUCAUACCAAGUGCUUUCUAUAAUUAUUUAUGUUAAAUCUCAAACCCCUUAUCUAACUCAUGAUUUCUUUUAUUUUCUUUUCAUUCUUUGUUCUUAUUCACAUCAGUAAUUUGCAUUCUCUUGUUUAAGAGUACGCUACCGCUCGAAAGUAUUUGUUCACUUUGUCUUUCUAAUUAAAUGAUGAGAAUUUGUAAGAAGAGAAAAUUUUAAUCUUCCUGUAACCUAUUAGAGUAAAAGGUAAAAAUCUUGAUAAGAUUAAAAUUAUUAUAUUCUACAUAUAUAAAGAGAAUAGAAGUAGAAUUUAAACGGAAUUAGGUAUAAAAAAAGAGAUGCAUGCAAACCUCGGAGUAGGCAAAUACUUUCGUGUGUACUUUGAGGUAGUGUAUAAAAAGGUACUCUAUUCAGUUGCUCAAAGUUUUAUUAAUCUUUAGAGAGCCGACAUUUUUUCUUUGACAUUUCUUUCUACGUAAAAUUUAUGCAUUUAUAGAACCUACAUUUUGCUCAAUGUUUCCAAGUUUGUUGCUGAAAACACUAUAGUGGCCAAAUGACACGGCCAAUGUAGAAUAUUUUUAAAAUUUGAAUUUUAACGUUUUAAGGAUUUUUGAUAUCGCUAAUCACGAUUAUGAUUACGAUGUCAGAUUGUCGAAAUUUUACACAGAAACAGUGUUGUCAAUUUAAGUGAGUAACAGCAGUAACUUCAUAAAACUUUCCUUCAGCGUUACUCAAAGCUAAUGCACUGACGUAAAAAGUUAUGCACCUACUUUUUUUAUUCUUUUAUUUUUGUUUUAUAAUUUUUUUUAUUUUUUUAUUUAUCCACAUUAAAUAAUCUAUCUCUGCUGGCCCUCUGAAGAUUAAAUCGCAACGUUAGCAAAGUGGAAUUGUAAUAUUUUAUAAUAACUUUUACAAUGUCUUUCUUGGAUUAACGUGUACAUAUCGUCUAUCAAUACUAUCUUAUGUAAGUUAAGUGCAUUUAAAUAUGUAUUAAUUUUAGUCAUCAAGCGCAUAUGUAUGUAUUGCAUGGAUCUUAUACACCAAAACAGCUUGUUCCACGAAGCGAGUUUUCCCACAGUUUUCCCAGCUACACAUCAUCCGUCAUACAACGGGAAAGAAACCUCUUGCUGAUGACGUUUCCUUUAAUUGUCCUCUUUAUAACGCAUUUUUCGCCAUUUUUACUCGGAAACGCAAAUGGAAGGAUGCCAAGUGCUAAGUCAAAGCUGCAAAAUCGUUACGUGGAACGUGGAAUCGGUUAUAUUGUUACGGAAUAAGGGGGAAUGAAUGGCGUCAGUGUUCUUGCCGCGUGUAUAAAUGUGUAAACCUCUUGAUUAUUUCAUGAAUCGGAAAGCUGGCGCCGCAAAAGUCACCAUGAUGCGCCCAGCAGUGUGAUGACUCCGAUAGCGAUGCGAAAGUGCGGCGUGCGUGCGUGCGUGCGUGCGUGAGUGCGCAAGUUUCGUUGAGCGUGCGUCUGUAAAAGUGUGCUACAUUAGCAUAUAUGUAAAUCACAAAUACAUUUUUAUACACACGAUAA